CAAUAAUUAACAAACUCUCUCCUAACAUUUCCUAAAUUUCCUCUUGUUUUCUCUAUCGUCCUCCUUCCUCCUCCUCUCAAUGUCCCAUGGUCUUCCUCCGGCGUUCUUCACAGUCGUCUCAGGCCAGCAGCGGAGUCAGCAGUUCAAAAUAUCUGGGCAAGUUUCUGUCUUCUACUCUGUUUAUUUCACGUGAACUUCUAUGUUGUCUCGAGUGGUGGGAGUUGUGUGAUUGAGGAAUUUUGUGGUGAGAGAAUAAAGGGUUGGCUUUGUUACCGGUUCUGAGGUGAUUAGUAGGGAAUUUGAGGAUUUUGGGCAUUUGAGCGGCUCUUCUCUGGAUACAUAUAUGUCUUGGUGAACUGUUUUUGGACUUUUGGGGUCACAGGGAGGACGAAUAGAUGAAAAAACUUGAAGGGUUUGGUUUCUCUUUUUGAGUAUGUAAGCUUAUAAUUUCUGAGAAGGAUUAAAGUUUGUUCCUUUAUUGGGUUCUCAUGUAACUUCUUUACUUGGGUCUGGUUGAAUUGGAGUCUUGACAUUUUAAUUUUCUGGGUCUUUUCAGUUUGAUGAAAUGGAUGCUAAAUUUAGAGGCGAGGCUCAUCAUUUAUAUGGGCCGGUAUCGGAUUUGAAGGCUGUUGGGAAGAAGAGUUUAGAGUGGGAUUUGAAUGACUGGAAAUGGGAUGGCGAUCUUUUUACAGCUAGUCCUUUGAAUUCAGUACCAUCAGAUGGUAGUAGGCAGUUGUUCCCUGUUGAGCCUGAAAUUCAUGUAAAUGCGGGUUUGUCAAACAGCUGGUCUUCUUGUUCAGAUAAUAACAAUCCUGGGAAUGAGAAAGGGAAGGAGGAAUUGGAGAAGAGGAGGAGAAUUAUGGUUGCUGAAGAUGAUGAGGUAAAUGAUGAAGCUGGCUCGCUUGAUUUUAAGCUAGGCCGUCAAGUUUACCCUGUCAUAGAUGGAGAUGCAAAGAGUGGGACGAAGACUAAGGUUAUUGGGACUACUUCAAAUCGUGCAGUUUGUCAAGUGGAGGAUUGUAGGGCUGAUCUUAGCAAUGCAAAGGAUUAUCACCGUAGGCAUAAGGUUUGUGAGAUGCAUUCAAAAGCCAGUAAAGCACUGGUGGGAAAUGUGAUGCAGCGGUUCUGCCAGCAGUGUAGCAGGUUUCAUGUUCUUCAAGAGUUUGAUGAAGGGAAGAGGAGUUGUCGCCGGCGUUUGGCAGGGCAUAACAAACGUAGGAGGAAAAUGCAUCCUGAUAAUGUUGCAAAUGGAGGCUCAUUGAAUGAUGAAAAGAGUAUUGGUUAUUUGUUGUUAAGUCUUCUAAGGAUUCUCUCCAACAUGCAUUCAAAUAACUCUGAUCAAACAAAGGAUCAAGAUUUGUAUUCUCAUCUGUUAAGGAGUCUGGCCAGUCUAGCAGACUCAGCUAACGGAAGGAACUUAUCUGGAUUAAUUCAAGGCUCUCAGGGUAUGAUGAACGUGGGGACAUCACUUGUGGAUCUUGAAAAAGGGAAAGAUGUAGUUCCUAAUGUUACUGAAACUCUUGGUUCAGCCUGUAAAAUAGAUGAGUGUACUAAAAUCUCAGACCGGCAGAGGCCUAUGGGUCAAUGUGGGACUGUACCUGAUUCUGAAUCAGCACAGAAAAUAAAAUUCAUUGAUAAUUCUCAGCACAGAAGACUAUUAGCACUAUCUGGUUCACCACCUACAAUACCAAUUCCAUCAAGGAGCUUUCCAGCCAGAGCAAUUGAAGCAGGGUCUACAGUUGGAGGGAUAAGAAUGAGUAAUAUUGACUUGAAUAAUGCUUAUGAUGAUUCGCAGGACAAUGCAGAGAGCUUACAGAUAUCUCAUAACCCUAAAGAUCAAGGAAAUGAUUACUUGUCCAGGUCUCUGUGCAUAAAUCAGGAGUCACACAAAUUAGGUCCACUACAGUUGAGUUGGAACUCAGGUUCCACUUCUAGUCAGUCACCAUCUAAUUCCAGUGGGGAAGUCCAGUGUCACACAGAUCAAAUUGUUUUCAAGCUUUUUGGGAAAGAUCCAAAUGAUUUUCCCGCUGCUCUGCGGAGACAGGUCCUUGAUUGGUUGUCCCAUAGUCCAACAGACAUUGAAAGCUACAUAAGGCCUGGCUGUGUUAUAUUGACCAUAUAUCUCCGUUUAGGAAAGCCUUCAUGGGAAGAGCUAUGCUGUGACCUGGGAUCCAGUUUGAGAAGGCUAGUUGAUGGCUCCGAUGAUUCCUUUUGGAGAACAGGAUAUGUGUAUGCUAGGGUGCAGCACUCAGUAGCCUUCAUUUAUAAUGGUCAUGUUGUUUUAGACACUCCUGGACUUCUAAAAAGCCAUAAAAAUUGCAGGAUCUCUAGCAUCAAACCAAUUGCAGUUCCAAUUUCAGAUUCAGCCAAAUUUGUAGUUAAAGGCUUUAACCUUAACUGGUCCACCAUGAGGUUACUCUGUGCAAUAGAAGGAAAAUAUCUGGUGCAGGAAUCUUGUUAUGAUUUGACUGAGGGUAUUGAUGUAGUCAACGAGCAUGAUGAACUCCAGUGCCUGAGCUUCCAUUGCUCGAUUCCAAAUGUUUCUGGAAGAGGAUUCAUUGAGGUGUGCUAUCAUCAGAUAGCGUUUUCUCUACAUGUUUUGUUGUCUUGUUUUCAACCAAUGAGGUCUUCUUUUGUCUUUAGUGUAGUAAAAUAUGGUUCCCAAUUACAAAAUUAUAUCAGGUCUUGUAUGGGACCACAUAUGAUUUGUGGACUAAUGGAUCUUAUAUAGGUCAACAAGUGUGUGCCAUGAAUAUCAGAAACCAAUUGUGGAUAAAGAAGAAAAAAGGAAAGCAAAAUUGGAAAAGAGGUGUUAGAACUUGGAUCUUAUAGGGCUAUUGUCCUAAUUUUCCUUUGUAUCAGUGACUGAAAAUAAUGCUUUAGAAUUUAGAAUCUUUAGAUCCUUCUUUCAUUGAAAUGACGGUGGCCAUCCUUAUUGAAAAUCUUU